AUUACUACUACUAACAAGGGGCUAACAUUUUUUCUAUAAAUACUAACCAGAAACAGACGCCUGUGACGAUAACAAUGUGUCACCCUGACCUGUCGGGUCGGGUGUAAAAUAGGGUGAAGGCUUCAUUUUUGAUGCAUUGAAAUGCAUUAAACAUUCAAAUGUCACCCUAUGUACCAUUUAUCUAGAAGUGAGUGUGUUUUAAUACCAUGAUAGUACUCGGGUUUCACUAACAACAUUAGCCCGGCGGACUGCCACUGAUAAUACCGACUACUGACCCAGAUCUGAGGUACGACUACAACAUUGUCUGUUAGAGUAAAGCUCCCGUGUAACACGGAACCAGUAUUUAUGUCUAAGACACCAGUUAUAAUUGUACACGGUGGGGCGUGGGCCAUCCCCGACUCCCUGGCGGAGGGGAGUGUCCAAGGGGUAAGGCUGGCCUCAACAGUAGGGUACAAAGUCCUCGGGGCCGGAGGAUCGGCCGUGGACGCUGUAGAGGAAGCUGUCAGGAGCAUGGAGGACAACCCAGUUUUUGAUGCUGGGGUUGGGUCAGUAUUGAAUGCCGACGGCGAAGUCGAAAUGGACGCCGUUAUUAUGGAUGGGAGGGACCUGAAGUCUGGAGCCGUUGGGUGUGUCCAGAACAUCAAGAACCCUAUAUCUUUGGCCAGGGCAGUCAUGGAAAAAACUGACCACACCCUGAUUGUAGGGAAAGGAGCCAAUAAAUUUGCAGAGGAAGUAAAUGCUGUAACCUUGCCAACUAACCAGCUGGUGACGGAAACAGCACGGAGAGAGUGGGAAGAGUUGAUGAAGUUCCGCACUACCGUCACAAAACUCUUCAGUCCAAGAGAUACUGUCCAGAAGGAGUCUGUCCCUGUCGCCCCGGGUCACGACACAGUGGGCGCGGUGGCAUUAGACACACAGGGAAACAUUGCCUUUGGGACGUCCACUGGUGGCAUCACAGCCAAACGUCCUGGCAGGAUAGGGGACAGUCCUAUUAUUGGUGCCGGUGGGUACGCUGAUAACAACAUAGGCGGGGUGUCCACCACAGGCCAUGGCGAGUCUAUAGCCAAAGUCUGUCUGGCCAAGCACAUCACCCAUCUGAUGGAGGGAGGAAUGACCCCACAGACCGCUUCAGAGACGGCCUUAACUUUCAUGGCGAAGAGAGUGCAGGGCUCGGGAGGUGUGGUUGUACUCAAUGACAAUGGUAACAUAGGGAGACAUUUUACAACAGAAAGGAUGGCCUGGGCCUGGGUCAAAGACAAUGUCCUACACCAUGGUCUCAAUCCAGGUGAGGACUUCAGUGAGAAUGUGAAAUAAAAUGUCUUUAAUUCUUA